UUUCCCCCCCUCUCCAUCUCUCCGACUACUCUCUCGCUUUCAUCUUCCUGUUCUCCUCAUUCACACUAUUGACAUAGCCCCUCCCUUGUCAAGUAAGUCCGGGGAGUGGUCAACAGCCGGAAUGUUGGACCCAUUUCCCCCGCCGCCGGAAUGGCUGCGUGAAGUUGUUGAGCCCUGGGCUCUCUACCUGAACGUGCCCGCUGUGACCGAACAUGCCCACGAGAUCAUCUUGUCCUUCACCGGCUACCUCUUCAUCCACUACAUCCUCUCCCCCUGUCUCUCUCCGUUGCUCUUCCCACGCCAUUACCCCAAACUGAGCCCGCGCACUAAGCUCAACUGGGAUGUCCAUGUCGUGUCUUUGGUGCAGAGCACCUUCAUCAACGCCAUGGCCCUAUGGGCUAUGUGGGUGGACGAAGAGCGAUCCUCCAUGAACACCGCCGAACGGGUCUACGGCUACACAGGAGUCUGUGGAUUGGUCUCCGCCUGCGCUGCUGGCUACUUUGUCUAUGACUUGAUCGUCAGUACCGUCUACAUCAAGAUGUUUGGUGUCGGAAUGCUGUUUCACGCCAUUAGUGCCCUGUGGGUGUUCAGCUUCGGUUUCAGACCUUUCGUGAACUACUACUCCUCCGUCUUCAUCCUCUAUGAGCUCUCCAGCCCUUUCCUCAACAUCCACUGGUUCCUUGACAAGGUCAACAUGACCGGCAGCAAGCUUCAGUGGUACAACGGCAUGAUGCUCCUCUUCACCUUCUUCAGCUGUCGUCUUGUCUGGGGUACCUGGCGAUCCGUGGACGUCUACAGAGACAUGUGGUACGCCCUGAAACAGACCUGGGAUGCUACUGACGUGGCCACCGCUCUCAACCAACCUGUCGAUAUCACCGCCCAGGUGUUCCGGACCCACGACGCCUCUCUCGGCGGUAGUCUGGAUGGAGCCCCUGCCCAGGCCCAGCUUGAGCUCUCCAAGUAUGCCAAUUACACCGCCACCGGUACCCCAACCUGGCUGGUGCUGACCUACGUGAUCUCGAACGUGGUCCUCAACUCCCUCAACUACUUCUGGUUCUCCAAGAUGGUCGAGACCGUCCUGAAACGGUUCCGCGGACCCGCCGCUAGCGAAAAGGAGAAGGGUUCCAAGGGAGCCGUGACGGACUCCACGAAGGCAGAGAAACUUAAUCAACUGAAGGAGGACAUUGCUCAGCAGGUUGUCUUGGAGGCUGCUUCGAAGCUGGAGCAGGAGGAAGGCAGCCCUUUCUUGGAGGAUGUAUCCGAGGAGAAGCUUGCUUCCGCCGUGGAUACCGGUCUCGCAGAGGAAUUGAGGAAGAGGAAGGCUCAUGUGGCCGCCGCAUAGAGAAUAUCCCGCUCCCCCCCUCCCCAUUAGGGGCCUCCAUUCACGUCCGAUUCUCGACAUCAUCUCCGACUUGUCCCUUCAUUACAACAAACGAGACGACACAAAGAGAACCCCUUGUCCCAACUCACCUCGGCCUAAAUCCACUCUUAUAAAGGGAAAUCGUUUACAUUUUUAGCUUCAUUCUCCCCCGGGCUAUUACAGUUCCACAUCAUCGCAUUUCUGACUCUG